AUGAAUUCCUUAGGAUGGAACUGCCGGGGGCUUGGGAACCCCCGGUCAGUUCGAGCAUUGCACGAUCUUGUGCGAUGUUGGGGUCCCAAAAUAGUCUUCCUCUCGGAGACUAAAGUUAGAAAAAACAGAAUGGAGAGAAUUAAGGAUAGAGUUGGGUUUGCAAAUGGGCUCUAUGUUCCCUGUCAUGGCCGUAGUGGGGGGUUGGCUCUCCUGUGGACUAGGGAUACAAAUUUAGAGAUCAAAAGUUACAGCAAUCACCACAUUGAUGCUGUCAUCACUGAAGAAUCCUCUAAUUUUAUUUGGCGUUUCACUGGCUUCUAUGGUCACCCCCAAUCUCAUAUGAGACAGCAGUCUUGGAAUUUGCUGGAGUUCUUAAAGAAUCAAUUUCAGCUCCCUUGGUUUUGCAUGGGCGAUUUUAUUGAGAUUUUAUCUAUGGAUGAAAAAUCUGGUGGUGCAGAGAGAUCACAGAGCCAGAUGGAUAAAUUUAGGAAAGUAGUUAAUGAUUGUGGAUUCAAAGAUUUGGGAUACCUGGGGCCGGAUUUCACCUGGUGUAAUAUGCAGUCUGGUGGCAGCAGGAUGUAUCUAAGAUUAGAUAGAGCUUUUGCAACAAUUGAUUGGAUUGAUAAGUUCAGUGAAGUAAAAAUUAAUCACCUGGUGGAUUCCACUUCUGAUCAUUGUGUGCUUUAUGUUGCUGACCCCAAAGCCCCUAAACAAUCCAACACCCGCCGAUUUCACUUUGAAGCUAUGUGGGCAAGAAAUGAUGAAUGUAAAAACAUUGUUGAGGCUGCUUGGAUGGCAGCAGGCAAUAUGAAUACGGCAAAAGGAAUGGCUGCUGCAUUGAAGGCUUGUGCCAUGGACUUAAAGGCUUGGAGCUCAGUCACAUACGGGAAAAUCCCAAAGAAGAUUCAAGAGAAAAGGAAAAGACUUAAUUUUCUGGUUCAGCUGGAUGGGGAUGGUCAUUUUGCCGAGGAAAUAAAGCAAGUGAGGAAAGACAUUAAUGAUCUCAUUGAUAAUGAAGAGCUUUACUGGUGUCAAUGUUCAAAGGCUCAUUGGCUCAAAGAGGGAGAUAGAAACACGAAGUAUUUUCAUGCUCGGGCUUCGGAAAGAAGGAAGCAAAACACUAUCUUGGGUAUUUAG